AUGGCUGAGCAGAAUGAACAGCAGCAGAAAGGCUUCUUUGGAACGGCAGCGAGUGGACUGGGAAACACGCUCGGCACCGCAACCAAUACCGUCGGAAAGGGCGUCCAGGGCAUAACGGAUACAACUGGGAAUGUAGUUGCGGCUGGUGGGAAGGGGUUGGGGGAUGCGGUGACGGGGGUUACGACGGGAGUUGGGGAGACGACUAAAGCGGCGGGGAAGUUUGUUGGGGAUACGACGGGAGCUGGGGCGAGGAGUGUGCAAGGUGAGAAGAAGUAA